AGAUUCUCGUGGACCGUCAAUCAUUACGGACGUUCAAAUUUCUUAAUAACGGAUAAAGUUUUUCAAUUUUCUCAAUUUUUUAAUCAAAUAUAUAGAAAAAAUAAAUACAUAAAAAAAGUGAAAAAUAGAAAAAAAAAAUAAAAAAUUUGAAGUGAAAAAAAAAACAAAAAUAAAAAGAAACCAGACCACCGGCAUAUCAGUGGGGUGGAAAAUUAAUACAAUUUUUUUAUGUUCUUUUAAUUUUUAUUCUUAUUUUGUUUUAUUCUUAAUCUAACUGUGAAUUUACUUACGUUAUUUAGUUGCGACGUCUUCUAUGAAAUUCAAAUUAUAAAAAGUACGAAUAAUAAAUAACUACGAACGGAGAGAAAUUCUUUAUUAGUGAAUUUUUGAUUUAUCGUCCAUCUUGCCAACACUUUUAAUUUUAGUUUGGUUUUAUAUAUGAAAAACAAGAAUUGAGAAAAGGAAAAUUUUCCGGGUGCGCGAAUUAUAAAAAGGAAAAUAUAUAAAAAAAAAAAUUAUUUUUAUUUUUAUAAAAGAAAGGAAAAAAUUGUUCGCAUUUUAAUUAUUUAUGUACAAAAAAUCAUACACACAUAAGAAGAUAUUUUGUAAGUGAAAAAGUGAAAUAAAAAUAAAAAAAUACAAAAAUUCUUUAUUUAAAUAAAAAUAAUAAAAAAUAAGAAAAUUCUUUUCAAACAAAGCAGUUGAAGUAAAAGUUUUUUAUUCACAGAGAAAAAAAAAAUAAAGGAUAAAUAAAUAAAUAAACAAAAAAUAAACACAGAGAAAAAAGAAAUGAAACAAACGGCAUAAAAAAAAAAUUAUGCGCAGAUUUAAAUCCCAACUCUAAAAGGAAGAAGAAAGGACUCAACGAAUAACCACAACAACAUAUAAACUUCCUGAAAUAAAACAACAAAAAAAAUCGAAACGAGACUGUUUGGAUUUUUUGUUUUCUUUUAUAAAAACAUUUUUCACUCUCCUUAAUUUCCUUUCCUUUUUUUUAUUUUUACAAAUUUUUAUUUGAAUUUGAAACUAAAAAGGAAUUUUUUUGGUUUUUUCUAAUUACUUCAGUGUAAAAAUUUUGCAAAAGAAAAAUUUUUUCCGAAAUUCAGCAAAAAAAACGGGAAAUAAGGACAAAAUGCGCAUUUAGAAAGGAAUUAAAUUCGCUUUGAAACCGUAAAAAAAAAAAUAAGUAAAAAUAAAGAGGUAAAAGAAUUUUUUUCUAAUAUAAAAAUCAGGAAACGUACGUAACCCAAAAACAAUCAAAAAAAAUUCUGAAAUAAAUUAAAAACAUAGAAAAAAAACAAAAAUCUAAUUAAAAAAGAAGGGAGGGGAGAAAUUUUUCGUCGAUAAAUAACCAUUUCCGAAUAUUAUUAGAAAGGACUACGAAAGGAAACGAAAACAAAAAUAAGGACAACACAAAAAAAGAGAAAAAAAUUUCACACACAAAAUGAAGAAUUUAUUUUUAUCAAUUCUUCUAAUUACCACCACAUUAGUUACCCAAUCGAUUGGAUUAUAUUGCCCAUCAGGAUGUUCUUGUACCCAGAAUGCAGUUCGAUGUAUUCGUAUACAUUUAAAAUCGAUUCCUGUAAUACCAAUGGAUACGACAAUAUUAGACUUACGAUUUAAUCAAAUUCAAGAGAUACCCUCAAAGGCAUUCCAAGGUUUAUCAUCUUUACAUACAAUAUUUUUAAAUGAAAAUCAAAUUGGUCUUAUACAUAGUGAUGCUUUUAAAGGACUUGUAUCCUUAAAAUAUUUAUACUUGAAUAAUAAUCGAAUAAGUAAAAUAUCAUCGACCGCUUUUCAAGGACUCACUCAUCUUAAUGGCCUUUUUUUGGAGAGCAAUGAAAUAUGGGAAAUUGAUCCAGAAACAUUUAGUAAUUUGCCAGAAUUGGUUUCAUUAUUCCUUUUCAAAAAUAAAAUCACUCAAAUACCAGAAAAUUCAUUUAGAAAUUUACCACAAUUGAAACGUUUGAGAUUAGACAACAAUCCAAUUGAAUGUGACUGCGGUGUUUAUUCAUAUUUAACAUAUUAUAAAAGUAUAAAGAGUCGUGCAACUAUUUCACUUGUAUGUGCAACACCACAAGAAUUACGUGGAAAAUCUUAUAUAACUCUUGUUGAAUCAGAUUUUCAUUGCAGAAAACCAGAGAUAAUUGAACAACCUCAUGAAAUGGAAAUAGCUAAAAUUGGUGAUUCAAUUGAAUUACCAUGUAAAGCAAUUGGUGAUCCAUCACCCGAAAUUGUUUGGAUGCAAAAUUCUAAUGAGAUACAAUCAUUUUUCACUUCAUCAUCUUCAUCAUCAUCAGAAAAUUCAAAACAAAUUUCAACAUCAGAUGAUGAUAGUAAUAAUGAUAGUGGCAUUAAUCCAACAACAAAUAAUGUACCACAUAUGCAAAUUCUUGAAAAUGGUUCAUUAAAAAUAACAAAAGCUACAAUAGAUGAUAAUGCUAUAUUUGAAUGUAUUGCAAGAAAUGCAAUUGGUGAAACAAAAUCAAGACAAAUUCGUAUGGUUGUUACAGAUAAUAUUGAUAUUAGAAGGCAACAACAGCAACAGCAACAACCAAAUUUCCAAAAUAAUGGUGGCAAUAUCCAAUCAUCUUCAUCAACUAGUUUACAAAAUGCACCAAAUUUCAUUGUUAAACCACCGGGUAGUAUUACUGUUGCAACAACAGAUUCAAUUAUUUUACAUUGUUUAAUAAGUGGACAACCUCAACCACAAAUAUAUUGGUCAUUUAAUGGAAGACAACUAACGCAAUCAAGUUCAUCAUUAAGAAUUCAUUCUAAUGGUACAUUGAUUGUACCAUUCCCAAGUGAAAAUGAUUCUGGUAUAUAUAAAUGUCAAGCUGGAAAUCAAUUUGGGAAUAUUCAGACAACAACUCGAGUUCAAGUAAAGGCAAUUUUAAAUGGAACAACAACAAAUAGUACGGUUACGUCUGAAAUUCCUGAAAUUAUUUUGGCACCACAAAGUCAAACUAUUAAAACUGGUGCAACAUUAAUAUUAGAAUGUGAUGCAGAUGGUAAUCCACAACCAAAAAUAUGGUGGAAACAUAAUGGUAUUGCAUUAGAACAAAAUCAACAACAAGAACAACAGCAACAGCAACAAUUAGUAUCACCAUCAUCUAUAAAAGACAAUAGAAUAAUGUUAUUUAAUGAAAAUACUGAAUUACAAAUUUCAGAAGUAAGAGAAAAUGAUUCAGGUCAAUAUAGUUGUGUUGCUGAAAAUGUUAAUGGUGUAACUGAAUCGAUUGCUGAUAUUAUUGUUGAACAAGCAAGUGGAAAACCACCACAUAUUGUAGAUGGACCAUAUGAUUUAGAAACUAUUCCCGGUACAACAAUUGAAUUACCAUGUAAUGCUGAACAAGGUCAAAAACCAGAGAUAAAAUGGCGUAAAGAUGGACGUUUCAUAACAAAUGAUACAAAUGUGAAUAAAUAUCAAAUUAGUUCAACAGGAAGCUUAUAUAUUAAAAAUAUAACAGAAAUUGAUGCAGGACGAUAUGAAUGUGGGCAAUAUAAUGAAUAUGGUAGAGAUAUUAUAUCAGGAUUAAUUACCGUUAGGAGUAACGAAGUUCUAGCUCCCGGUGACCGAUUCGUUAGAAUUGCAUUCGCAGAAGCAUCUAAAGAAAUUGAUCAGGCUAUUAAUCAUACAAUUAAAACAUUAUUUGGUCAAAAACCAGCAGAUGCUCCAAUUAAUUAUGCUGAUUUAUUAAGAGUUUUUCGAUUUCCAAAUAUGCAAGCACGUCAGUUAGCUAGAGCAGCUGAAAUUUAUGAACGAACUUUAGUUAAUAUACGAAGACAUAUUGAUGAAGGUGCAAAUUUAACAGUUCCAAGUUCUGAAUACGAAAACAAAGAAAUAUUAUCUAGAGAACAUUUGAGUUUGGUUGCUGAACUUUCCGGUUGUAAUGCACAUCGCGAAAAACCAAAUUGUACUGAUAUGUGUUAUCAUUCGAAAUAUCGUACUGCUGACGGUACCUGUAAUAAUUUAAAUAAUCCAACAUGGGGUGCUUCACUAACUGGUUUCCGAAGAUUAUUACAGCCUCAGUAUGAAAAUGGAUUUAGCUCUCCGAUUGGUUGGAAUAAACAUCAAAUGUAUAACGGUUUUGAAAAACCAAGUGCACGAUUAGUAUCAACAUCUUUGAUAUCAACAAAAACUAUUUCAGAAGAUGAUUUUAUUACACAUAUGGUAAUGCAAUGGGGACAAUUUUUGGAUCAUGAUUUAGAUCAUGCUCUACCAUCAGUAAGUUCUGAAACAUGGGAUGGAGUUGAUUGUAAAAAAACAUGUGAAUAUGCUGCGCCAUGUUUUCCAAUAGAAGUACCUCCAAAUGAUCCAAGAAUAAAAAAUCGUAGAUGCAUCGAUUUGGUAAGGUCAAGUGCUGUAUGUGGAUCUGGUAUGACCUCCGUUUUCUUUGAUGCUGUUCAACCACGAGAACAAAUAAAUCAAUUGACUUCUUAUAUUGAUGCAUCUCAGGUGUAUGGAUAUUCUAAUGAAUUUGCCCUAGAAUUGAGGAACAUCACAACUGAAGAUGGUUUAUUAAGAACUGGUGUACAUUUUCCAAAACAAAAAGAUAUGCUUCCAUUCGCUGCUCCCCAAGAUGGCAUUGACUGCAGGCGUAACUUGGCAGAAACAAACAUAAACUGUUUUGUUGCUGGAGAUAUUCGCGUGAACGAACAAGUAGCCUUGUUAGCAAUGCACACAAUCUGGUUGCGAGAACACAACAGAAUUGCUGGAAAACUAAAAGAAUUGAAUCCUCACUGGGAAGGUGAUACUUUAUAUGAAGAAGCUAGAAAAAUUGUUGGGGCACAAAUGCAACAUAUAACAUAUAAGCAGUGGUUGCCUUUAAUUUUGGGUGAUGAAGGUAUGCAGAUGCUUGGAGAAUAUACUGGGUAUAAUCCAAACAUAAAUCCAAGUGUAUCAAAUGAAUUCGCUACAGUUGCAUUGAGAUUUGGACAUUCACUAAUUAAUCCGAUCCUAAGUCGAUUAAAUGAGAGCUAUCAAGAAAUUCCACAAGGCCACUUACCUUUACAUAAAGCAUUUUUUGCUCCAUGGAGAUUAGUAUAUGAAGGUGGAGUAGAUCCAUUGAUGCGCGGAAUGUUUUCCGUACCAGCAAAACUUAAAAAACCAAAUGAAAAUCUUAAUGUUGAACUUACAGAAAAAUUAUUCCAUACUGCACAUGCUGUUGCUUUAGACUUAGCUUCAAUUAAUAUUCAGAGGGGACGCGAACAUGGUAUUCCAGAUUAUAAUGAAUACCGAAGAUUUUGCAAUCUCUCUUAUGCAAACACAUUUGAUGAUUUAAGAAAUGAAAUAAGUAGUUCUGAAAUUCGCACUAAAUUGAAACAGUUAUACGGACAUCCAUCAAAUAUUGAUCCCUGGGUAGGAGGAAUUUUAGAAGAUCAAGUUGAGGGUGGAAAGGUUGGUCCACUAUUCCGUUGCUUGUUAGUAGAACAAUUCCGAAAAUUAAGAGAUGGUGAUCGUUUUUAUUAUGAAAAUCCAUCCGUUUUUAUGCCUGAACAGCUCUUAGAAAUUAAACAAACAAAUUUGGCUAGAGUACUUUGUGACAAUGGUGAUAAUAUUACUGAAGCUACAGACAAUGUAUUUAUAUUACCAUCUCGACAAGGCGGCUAUAAAAAUUGUACUGAAAUACCUGGAAUUAAUUUGUACUUUUGGCAAGAUUGUGGUUCAUGUUCAUCUCCGCCACCUCUAUUAAAAUCUUAUUUACCCCAUACUUAUUAUGAACAACAACAAAAAUUACAAAACCAUCAACUUUCACGUCAAAGAAGAUCAGCUAAAAAUUCAGCAUCAUCACCGGCAACCACCCUAAAGGAUAUGAAAAAUCAUGGUGAGAGUGAUGGUGAAAAAACUUUUGAAAUGAAUGAAGAACGUGUUAGCGGAUUAGAAGAAGUAAUAUCAAGUUUCCAAAAAGAAUUGAAAAAAUUACGUAAAAAAAUAAAAAAAUUGGAACAAAUUUGUAAUCCAACUAGUAAUAACAGUAAUAAUAACAGUAACAAUAACAGCAACAAUAAUAAUGGUAGCAAUGAUAAUAACAAUAAUAAAAAAAAUAAAAAUAAAAAUAAUUUAAAACGUCAACGUCGUCAAUGUAUAGACACAACAGGUAGUAGAAGAUUAAAUAAUGAAAUAUGGAAUCUAGAUGAUUGUACAAAAUGUCAAUGUAAACAUUCCGAAAUAACAUGCAAUAAAGAAAAAUGCCCAGAAUUGAAUUGUACAGGUAAUACAAGACCCAUAAAGAUACCAAAUGAAUGUUGUCAAAAAUGUGGUAAUGACAGUGAUAAGAAAAAUUAAAAUUUCCAAUACAACAAAACAACGGUGCUUAAUAAACAAACAAUUCAAAAUAUGGGAGAAGUUAAAAAAAAAUUUUAUUAACAAAUUACUAAAAAAGAUGAAUAAAAAAAUUUUAAGAAUUUUCAACAUAGAUUUUAGAACUUUGGGCAACAAUGAAAAUUUAACACGUGAACAGUCUACAAGAAAAUUUUGAAAAUUUGUUCAUUUUUAAUUUAAAUCAAAUAUCCAAAACAGAAUAAUUUACUUGUUGACAUAAUAAUGACAUAUAAAAUUUA